GAAUUACUUAAAGGAAAGGAGCUAACAGUUCAACGCUUAUCUUCAGAUGUAUCAGGAAAAGCCCAAAAGUACGCCAGAAUUGGACCGAGGGAAUUUGUACCAUUCACCGAAGAUGAACUAACAAUCGAGAACAUUAAACGUUGUUGUGAGAGGCAUUUUGCUACGCAAGUUGGUACUUCUUUGGUUUGCGAUAUUCUCGCGGGAGAGCAGGGUCCUUCCUGCAAGAACUUGGAGCAGAUACCAGAUAUGAAGGUAAUUUACGUGAGAUUCGUUACUGCUAACAUCCAAGAUUGUGUACCAGAGUGGGGGAUUAGCAAAAGUGAUCUUGAAAUGGUACGAUCCCAUAGCCAUACUCUUACAAGAUUAGAAGGCCCCACUCAUCCACCAAAAAAUGCUAAAGGUAGCGGUGCUUCAUCGAGCCCUAGUAAAUUUGCUCCCCUUAGUCUAUCAGUCGCAGACAUGAUUAAACUUGGGAAGAUCGGGACAUGCCAAGGCCCAACUACAGUAGUGCAUUUGCACACAUUUGACAUGGAUCCUUUGUCAUGGUCCAAGUUACCAAUAACUGUCGAAUUCAAUGAAGAAAAGGAGCCGUUUGCUCACGGUGGGUUUCGCAAUGCAUACAAAGCAACCACAAAGCACCCACAGUUCAAGGGGACUACUUGGGUUAUUAAAAGAUACCUUCCUGAUGCUGUGAAGGGAAUAAAUGACAUUGGGCAAACUGUCCAACAACACACCCAAAAGAUGGUUCAGAUGCAUCUUCUUGCAAGGAAUUUUGCUUGCCAGUUGGAACAAGAAAUCGUUGAAAAACAUGCUAUUAAUGCAUUUGGAAAGGUCCAAAGGUAUAGGAGGAGUAGUAGUAGUAAACCUUUAUUUAACUAGGGUAAUCCCUUCAGAAUACUUAAAAGUAUAUCUGUUAUCAAUAAGAGCCCUAAAUUAAGACUAAUAAAAAAGUUCAAAAUAAAUAAUGAGAAACUAAGUAACUAUAAGUUAAUAAUAGUACAGUAUAACAAUUAAAACUAAUUCUUAUUUACUAAAUAAUUAUUAUACACAACUGAGCCAUUAUAAUAAAAACUUUUCUUGGCGGUCUCAGUUCUUACUGCAGGAACGUAUAUAAAAUUGCUUCUUCUUGUUUCUCUUGAAAUAACUUCCUUAUUCAACUUAAAAUAAUUCUUUAAAAACUGAGGUACAUUAUUAUUUAAACACCUCUUCACUAAACCUAAAAUAUGAGCGUUACGGCGAUCUUCUAAACUCUGAAAUUUAAGAUAGUCGGUCGAUGUUGUACCACAUUUAGAUUUAACUAUAAUUUUCGAGGCCCGCCUUUGUAAUGAUUCAAGACUUUCCAUAUCUGCUUUAUUGCAGCUGGACCAAACAACAUCGCAAUAAUCAAAAAUGGGCAAAAUUAAUGAAUUAUACAUCUCGAAAGCUGCAUGUAUAGUGAUAUUCCUUCUAAGGCGCCCUAAGACACCAACUCUUUUACCAACCUUAGAAAUAACAUAACGAACAUGGUCUUUCCACGUAAGACUAUCGUCAAGAACGAUGCCUAAAUACUUAAAGUCAUAAACUCUAUUAAUUCCAUAACCACCUAUUUUGAUAACUACUGUGUCAGUAGCUUUAGAAAGCCUAGCAUCAGUUCCAAAAAUUACAAAUUCUGUUUUUCUUUUGUUGAUAAAAAGAAAAUUACUGAGAGUCCAUUUAUUCAUUCACUUCGAGUUUAUCGAUGGAAAGUUUACCAAGUACUUAAACAAUACUGGUGAUUGUUGUGUCGACGAAACAGAUGUUAUGAGUCAGAAGGCUCAAUGUCUAACCCAUUUUUCUUAUGAAAAGUCAGAGAAAAAACUUAUGCUGCUAGACAUACAAGAAGUGGGUAUGAAUUAUUCGACCCAGAAAUUGCUUCUCAUGAACGGUUUGAUGGUAGUGCUGAGGUACUUUAUUGUGCUGGUAACCUGUCACAGAUGGCAAUUGACAAGUUUGUCUCAGGCCACAAAUGUAAUGUCUUCUGUGACACUGUUGGGCUCAAAAGUCUUAACACUG